AUGCUCAUUUCUGAGAUGUUUAUUUCUAAGAUAAAUUUUCAGGCACUUUUGUUAAAUUUUUUAAGAAACACUUCUGAAAUAACUGAUAAACAUAUCCUGAAACUUAAUUCUUGCCACUUCUAUGAUGAAGGAAUUCUUGCCUUACCACUUCAUUUAUUCACAGUAUUAUCAUGUAGACAUAUAUAUCAUCAAAUAUAUCUUGAAAAACAUAUUAUACAAUCAGAAACACGUUUUUCUUUAUGCCCUAUUUCUAGUUGUAUAUUAUCUAUCGAACUUGUUAACGAGAAACUUAUACUAGCUUCUGAUGAAUAUCACAUGUCAUCAAGGGAAUCAUCCAAAAUUUCUUGCAAACAGGACAAGAUACAAGGUUUAUUGCAAGAAUUGUCUAUAUCCGCUAAAGGAGAAUCUGAAGAAGAAAAUGAUAGUGAAGAGGGUGGGGGAUCUAUUUCACAAAAUUUAACGCGAUUAUAUAAAAAAGCAAGUCUCGCAGAAAAAUGUGUCAUGAAGGAAUGGUUUCCCAAUAUUUACCUACCGAGUGUUAAAAUUUUGAGAAGAAACAACGUUAAUACGAUAGAAUCACAAUAUUAUCAAGAGUUUCAGAAUGCUAUAACCAUAUAUGAUUCAGUACGAGCUAUACCUCGUGUACCUCAUCGCUGUCUGUGGGAGCAACGUCGAACAUUUUAUAAGGAACGUCAAUUUUUAGAACAAGAACGCAAUAUCAAUAUCAUUCAAGAGAAUGUCGAAUUUAUAUUAGGCAAAUGUAGAACUAAGAUAAAAAACAGCUGCUUAGAUUCUAUUAUGAUUGCGUAUACUGAAGUUAUCCAUCAUCUGCAACAGUUAGAUUUGUUGUCAAUUAGACCAGAAGUUCCUAUAGCAUCUGGUGUUAUCGAUCUUUCAGGUAGUAAAGAUUUAUUUACAAAUUUAUUAUUGAGGAUAAAGCAGAUUUUGACGCAUUAUACAUUCCAUAAUGAGAGAAUUCCAGAGCAAAUAAAUAUAAUGAUAGAUGAUUUCAUAAAGACAUAUAAAGAUCUGAGACCUGAUUUUGAUCUAGUAUUUAUACGACCAAUUGCUUUCCCACAAGAAGAAAUACCUGUUGAAUCCAAACGUAUACUGAUGACGGUCUUUGACUUAUUAGAAGAAUUAUGUCGCAUUUGGAGUUGUAGACCGUUGUUGACAGAGGAUGAAUAUAGCGAGAAUGCUUAUGUGAUUCAUGCAGUAUCAAAGGUUUUGGAUCCAAUCUUCACAUAUUCAAAAUGGCUACUCAAGCGUGCAUGGUCUGAACAGAUGAGUAAAUCAUCACAAUCUAGGAUGGAGCGGAUGAAAGCUACAAAUUCAGGAAAGAAGCCAGAUUUGCAAGUUUUACUAAAGCUUAAUAUAGCGGAAAGUGAACUUGUACUUGCUAAAUUUUCACGAUUACUCCCACAAUUAGACAAAGAAAUCAUCGACUGGAAAAAGGUGGUAUGUAUUUGCAAAGAUUGUUUCGAUGAGCGAUAUAAUAUUUUCUUUAAUGGAAGGGAUGACACCAGUGAUACAGCUAGAUUGAUAAACAUCAAGUUAGGGAAGUUGGUUAUACCAUUAUGCAUUUCUUCUUGUCAGACUGUGGAAAUAUUUUUAAAAAACGCUCUUGAAAUGAAAUCUGUAGUGGAAAAAAUUAUUGCAAUGACUGUAGAUAUAAAAGACGAAAUUAACCUUUUGCGGAAAAUCAAAGAUCGAACCCUGUUAUUAUCAAUGAUGUCGACUACAUAUUCACUACCAAGAAAUUAUUAG